GCCGCAUUACGUCACCUCCUCCCGGUCCACUAAGAUGGCGCCGUCCGAGAGGGCGCAUGGGGAGGGUGGCGAGCCGGCUGCCCCCCUCGGCUACGCGGCUGUUCCAGUUAAGUUCUCUGAAGAGCAUCAUUUCCCUCACUACCUCUAUGUGAAGGAGCACAAAGUCAGGGAGGACACAGAUGUGAAGAGGCCUCAAAACCGCACACUUUUUGUCUUGAAUGUUCCCCCAUAUUGUACAAAGGAAUGUUUGUCCAGGCUGUUCUCGGGCUGCUGUCCUGUACGCUCCGUGGAGAUGUGUGACAAGCCAAGCCUGGGAGAAAAGAAAGAAAUGCCCAAGACGAAGUUUUUCAACACAGAAGCACUUCAGGGGUUCAAGGUUGCUUAUGUUGUGUUCAAGAGUCCUGCUGGGGUGCAGGCUGCCAAAUCCUUGUCAACAAAGGAUCCCCUGGUGAUAUCUUCCGAAAGGCACCCUGUGCAAACGGGCAUUCACAAAUGGAUUGCUAGAUAUGCAGCUUCAGUUGUGGAUCCUGCUGAGCUGAAGACAGAAGUGGAUGCUUUCAUGCAGGCCUAUGACCAGAAGGUUGCAAAGGAAGAAGCCAAAGCUGAGAAGGAAGAUGGCAUCCCGGAUGAGGAAGGGUGGGUGAAGGUGACAAGGAAAGGUCGAAGGCCUGGGCUCCCACGGACAGAGGCAGCCAACUUGCGGACGCUGGAGAGGGAGAAGCGCAAAAGGGCACGCAAGGAGCUGCUCAAUUUCUAUGCUUGGCAGCAUCAUGAGACCAAGAGGGAACACAUAGCUCAACUGAGGAGAAAGUUUGAAGAGGACAAGCAGAAAAUUGCUCUCCUACGGGCGCAGCGGAAGUUUCGGCCCUACUGAGUUGCAGAUCUACAGCUAUUCUGAAAAGAAUGGCAGCCACAGUAAGAAGCUCAUUGCUGGGAUAAUUUUGACUUUUUCUCCUUUCCCCUCUAAUAUCUCCUGGAGUGUGAUGGAUGCAGCAGACAGAUGAGGGUUUGGAAAUGAAAUCAUCUUAUUUGCUGUCACACUGACAGUUCAUAAGCUGCUGCCUCCCCUGUGUGGAAUUCUAAGGCUGCUGUUCAAAUGAAGCCGACAUGUAAAUAUUUGUUUUUAUAUUUGUGAUAUACAUCAGGUUUCUUGUUCUCAUCUUCACAAAUACACGACUUCUUUGUAGGUAUUUUUACUGGACAAUUUGUGUGCCACACAACCUGAACAGCUGCUUCUCUAGCUUAUGCUAUGGAUGCAAGUGGCACCUUGGAAAAGCAGACCUGUCUUAUUUUGUGAAGCCAAAAAGAUCAUCUCAGUAAAAUUUUCUCCUCCUAUAUUAAUCCCCUCAACCUGUAUCACCAAACAAUAAAUUAUUUUAAGAGAUUAAAACUGUUUAGAGCAUGGGUCGGCAAACUAAGGCCCACAGGCCGGAUCAAGCCCAGUUGCCUUCUAAAUCCAGCCCGCAGAUGGUCCAGGAAGCGCAUGUUCUUUACCUCUCCCUCCCACGGCAGCAGCGGCACUUCCUCCUCCUGGCUUCUCCUCGCCCUGCCUAGGGGGGCUGGGCUUUGUUGGUGCCAGCCCCUCUCCGGAGCCCUUUCACGUGCCGCUCGUCGUCCCUCAUCCCCCCCCCCCCAGGUCUGAGGGACAGUGGACCAGCUCCCUUCUGAAAAAGUUUGAGGACCCCCUGGUUUAGAGGCAUUUUUAAUUGUAAGGGAAAGAAGUACCACUCCUACAAGUGCAAGCUGCAACAAACUUAGUUUUAAUACCUAGACUAGCAUGAAUGGCUAAAAUGUUUUAUUCACUGAACUAACAGUUGUUACCUAGUUAGAACACCUGGCUCUGGCCCAGAAAAUCAUAACUCAGUACAUGAAUUAACAUUUUAAGACAAAUCCACUCACCUGCCAUAUGUGUAACUGGACUAAGGCACUCAUCAAGAACUGAAUCUGACUGAGCUGUUCAGUAGAAACAGAACAAAGAAUUGUUCGUGCUAAAUGUCUCUGCAAGCUGUCACCACCAUGCCACAAGGCAGUUGUGCAAGAUGCCCUGCAGGUAGUCCCACAGCAUCCUCCUCAUUUAAAGCGGGACUGAAUCUUUCUAAGGCAUCCGUCUGUUCUCUAGGAAGGGUUAGUCAUGAUGAUGUAGGCAGGCACUGCUUAAAGGCUGGCUCUGGGUUUCUGGUCCUUAUUUAAGAAGGUGUUGAUGAUUCCGGCCACAACUUGGGGCUCAUUCAGGUGGACAAAAUGAUUGCCAGCAACUUCCACAAAUUGGUAACGCUAAGAACAAGGGAGAAUACAGUGAGAGAUGGACCAUGGGAAAGAAAAGCCAGAAAUAUGGAACAAUGAAAACUUAACAGAAAAGCUGUUAAAUGCUAGGAGUAGGGAAUUGUAAUAGGGAGGCUGGAUUAGCCCAUCCAGAAGCAUCUACAACUGGCAGGAAAGGGGUCAAAAGCCAUUCAGUACUUUUAUGGAACACUUAACCACACCUGUGUUCAGUGGGGGCUUGAAGACAAUCUCACAUUCUGUAUAUUGCGUGCGAGCUCAUUUUGCAUAAUUCUGCUUCAACUCCGGGGAGAGGCAGAGAGAGGUAAGGAGCCUCUGCACACUGGAAAUGCUGCUCAGACUACCCUGUUUUUUUCUCUCUCCCUGACCCCCUCCGUUUUAGUCCACGUAUCCAACCAGGAGGCUAAAUCCUGGUCAGCCAAGGCAAGCAAAAAUAAUGGUGCAUUUGGGGAGCAUUGGCAGAACAUGGGAGACAUGCUCCUUUCUUUCUCCCUUCCCUGUCAUUUUUACAGUUGGGUGGGGCAACCUGCCUGUCAAUCAUGUGGCAUCAAGUUGUCCUGACCACCUGUCAAGGUUGGCCAGCAGGAAGAGGCCAGAGGUUCCCCAGUCCCACUACAGCCCCUUAAGCCUAUCUCAUAACUGGGGGAUGUAUCCAGCUGUACUCCUGCUGCCUCCUUUGCCACUACAGGGAAACCCCAAGCGAGAAAAGCAGCUGCCCAGCAAAGCCAAUGCAAAACGGCUCAAAGCAACUUUGUGUUCCCCUCAGGACUUGCACUUACCUCUUUUAGGCUGGUCCUGAAUGCUUCCUCAAGUGGCUCUACAAAGUAUGGGAUAUUACCUUUAGGAGGAUUGGUAAAAAUCCCAUUUUGUGCUCUAGAAUAAAACAAUCAGCUCUUAGUUCUGGUUGCAAGUAAGAACACAAAGUUCAAAUCAUCUGCAUGAUAGAAUUUCCCAAGAAAUAAAAGAGGGUGCUAGAUUUGGAUUAGCUUUGUGGAUAACCUGAACUGAUCCUUCUCACUUGUACCAUUGAAAAAAGGAUAGACUAGAUUUGGGGUGUAUAGGGUGUUACGGUGGGGAUAGCACUCCUGGGGUAGUUUGUUCACCUUUGGUCCCCACCCUGCACUCAGCUCUCAUCUGGGCCACUUAGAAGCAUGCAACAGUGGUCACAUUCCAGAAACUGGCUGGCUAAAUCAGGUGAGUGCAGCUGCUGGGUCUCAAAUCCUCAGCGAGUCAGGGACUUCCCCUGCAUGUGGACAGGCUCUGGCAGAUUGAGCGGAUGAGACCAAUAGUGGGUCCACCACAAGAAGGUGGUUUUUGCACGCAGUGCAGAGAGAAGUGAGAGGCAGGUAGGGUUUGUCAACCUGGAAAGGGAGCCAUCUGGGAGAGGGGAAAAACUGAUCCUAAACCCCCGAUGCCUUGCAGAAUAUCUUCUGGAGAAGAACAGGCUAAGGAGCAAACCCUGCACAAAUCCAGAAUGGAGUCCCUAAGACAGCUGGAUGGUGCCCUGUACGCCUCCUUCCAGUAACUACUGCAGCCAAGCUGGUGCCAAACAUAUUGCUCUGCUUCCCUUUGGACCACAUCAGAGAAGCCGAGAAGGGGGACAUCAUCUGGGCAGCCCGGAACCUCCAUACACUGCCCAGGGUUGUGCCACGGGAAGGUCACUUAAGUGCUGCUAACGCAGCUGUUUGACUUCACCCCAGAGGUGCACUCCAUUGUCCCUCAAGACAGACAGAUGCCAACAACAAACUAAAUUGGCUAAACAUGUGGCUAAGCUGGGUCCAGCAGCUCAAUAUAUUUUCAUGAUUUUUAAAGCAGUGAUGCUCCGUGGACCCAGAUGGAACUAGGCCUACUGAUAAUUGAAGUAAACAUGCGUAAGACUGCACUGCACUUCAAUACUACUCUGCAACAAGGUUUAGGCUCUACAGGAGUGCUCUAAGGACGGCCGAUUCAGUCUUAUGCUUGGGGCUGAUCAGUGAAGCAAUCCAAUUUUCUUCAUUCUCUGCCCCUGCCUCUCUUUUUCUCUCAGGCAGAUCUACUAGGCACUGGUUACAUCUGCAUGUCACUUACCUGAUCAUCAGUAUAUCGGCCUUGAUUUUCUUCAGGAUGGUGCAACAUUGAUCCAGAGACACAAAACUGCUGUUCUGCUGCUUACGAUAUAAAAUGACAAAUAAGGAAAAUAACUCAUCUAGUCCGUUUGACUGGCUUAGCAUACAAGAGGUUUCUUUUAGAACCUAUGGUUUUCAUGCAUUCUUGAAAAUCAACCCAAUACUGCGCUGCCCCUUUAUUCUGUAUUGGGGGAGAGAAAGUGGAGCAGGUCACCCCACUUUACCCUCUGUUGCCAAUCAAUGGGCAGGGGGGCAAUAGGAGGUGCUCCACAAAUGGCAUUGUUCUUGCCAAUACCUGGCCCUAAGGCAAUUCAUAGGAGACCCAUUGAAACUGAAAUACCAGUUGUCUACAAAAAUGCUUUUCAUCAGAAGAGCCCUAUAGAGUUAGCCAGAAAUAGGUGGAAAUUAAAUAUUCCUGUGUUCUGCAAUCUAGCCAACAAAGGCUCUCACUGCAAUUUUUGUGACAAAUGAGGAAACUAAGGUUAGAGGACCAACAUUAACAAAGCUAGCCCAUGCCAGAGCAGGGCUUUGAGCAAGGACUAAUUUAUGUACCUCCAACACCCUUUGUGUGAAUGAAAAAUACAGGGGGAAACAUUCAACAAAACUAGGACCAGAACUUACCACAAGGACUCUUAAAUCUCUGUUAUAAACCAAACCUAAAGAAAGAAAAGAAUCACACCUCACAUUUUGUACAACUUUUUUUCUGCAAACUUUCCCCCAGCUUCUUUCUCUUAACACAGCUGGCUUAACACAGGUAAGUUUAACUGGCAAUUAAAUUAAAUUUAAAUUUAAAUACCUGGAAAGAGGACUGCAGAGUGUUCUGUAAGAGGAUGCACAACUACUAAAAGACCAGGUUUAUAUUGGCGGGGGCAGGGGGAUGUCUCCUGGACACUUAUCUAUGGAAGCCUCACAGGUGGUGUUGGUGACUAAGAGUGCCUUUUAGCAGCUUAGGUUGUUUCAUCAUCUGUGACCCAUUCUGCAGAAAGUGGACCUUGCCUCAGUGGCACAUACCCUGGUUGCAGCCAGACUGGACUGUAUGGGGCUGCCUUUAAACAUGGCCUGGUAACUUCAGCUAGUACAGAACGUGACACUAGGAUGUUUGUGGACAACAGGCACAUGGAGCAUAUAGCACAUAUUCCAUUUCAGUUGCAUUAGCUGCCUGUUUGUUUCCAGGCUCAGUGUAAAUUGCUGGUGGUAAAAAGUAAAGCUCUAAACUGUUUGGACAAGGUUAUUUGAAGAUGGGCCUUAAGAAUGGCCUUGCAAAGACCCGCUCAGAGAUUGUGGCUAAAAUCCAUCAGACUGGUGAACCUAGAGACUGUUCUUUUCAGCGCCUAAGAACUCCCUCCCAUAAGUAGCACCUCUGGACUGAAAUGGGUUUUAACUUAGACCUUAGUAAACUUCUUAAUUUCAACUGCUGCUGUUUAUAAAUUUUGUAAUUUGUUUGCUUUAUUUGUAUAGCUUUUAUGGUUUCAAAAAUCCCUUCAUAAAUUGCCUUGGAAGGCAGCAUGUCAGUACUAUCAUACAAACAAGAUCAGUUCUGAAUAUUUAGCCACCGAAUGCGCCACCGAUUGUGCUAUCAUGCAUCCCCAAACUUUGGCCCUCCAGAUGUUUUGGACUAAAAUUCCCAUCUUCCCCGACCACUGGUCCUGUUAGCUAGGGAUCAUGGGAGUUGUAGGCCAAAACAUCUAGAGGGCCAAAGUUUGGGGAUGUCUGCUGCUAGAUCAUUUUAGAUCUUCAGGCAGAGUCAGACCACCAGGCCAGCUAGCUAUUAGUGCAAUUGGCAGCAGGUCUCUAGUGUCUCACACAAGAUUGCAACAGUACCCUGGCACCAAAGAUGCCAGCUGUUAAACCUGAGACCUCCCAUUUUCUCUGCCACCAAGCUCUGCUCCCCUAAUGGCAGGAGCCACUUACCUCCCGCCACCUCAGAAGCCCCUCGCUCCAGCAGUAUCUUGGCACUCUCUUCUGUUAGCUGGCUGUUUGCUUCCAUUAACCUAGGCAAGUCAAGCAGAAAGAUGUACAAUUUUGUCAGUAAGAUGCAGGCAAGAACUGCAUUCUUGGUAAUGCCACCAACUAAUCCCUCAUCUCAUCAAAUGUUACCCAGCCACAUUUGUCCAUCCUGAAUCUAUGUUCAGCUCUUGUACAACAUUGAUGCCUUGUACACUUCAGAAAGCAUUCAAUGCCAUCAAACAGGGCCCUGGACCUGACAAAUCACUGAUAUGAACCAGAGGCACCUGUUAUGUUCCUUUUUGAGGGGUGACGGGAAAAGUGGGUGGUAUUCAACCAAAUUUUACUUGAGAGUGGAACCACUGAAAUUAAUGAACACAACUAAGUUAGGUUUGGGAAGGCAUUUUAGCUAAGUACCUAAGUUCUGAACACCAUUUCCUUGGUUGUCUUUUCUCCCCCAUUCUAAUAUCUUGUUUUUAAUUCUGCAAGGGAGCCAGUAUGGUGCAGUGGUCAGAGUGCUGGAGACAAGGGUUCAAAUCCUCACUCAGCUAUGAAGCUCAUUGGGUGACCUUAGGCCUGUUACUGCCUCUGAGCAAGAAACUACCCUCACAGGGUUGUGGGCAUUAAAUGAGGAGGAGGGAAAUCAUGCACACCAUUUCGAACUCUUUGGAGAGAAAGGUGGGAUAUAAAUGCAAUAAAUAAAAUAAAAGAACAUUUCCUUUUGCAGAAUAAUGGAUUUGGAAAGAGGCAGCUAUGUUUGGCAGGACAUACCUUGCUGUGCCCCCAGGGACAAAACACCCAACAGUUGCCAGAGACCAAAGAAGGGAACUCACCUCUGAAGGGCUGCUUCAGGACUGCGUACUUUGGGGGAAUGGUACUUGCUGGUCUCAAAAUUCAGCAGUUCCUCAAUUACCUCCCGCUGGGACUUGCAAAUCUUCUCCAAUUCCUAUAAAUCAGACAUAGUCAUCUGCUUUCAGAAGUCUCUUACACCCAAAGCCCCUCACAAGGUAUACAAAACAACAACAUUAAUAUUAGCUUCUUGGGAAGGUAAGACAAAAAUUAAGGAAUUAAAAGUGUUAGCUCUUUCUAUGCACCCUGACACCACUAGGCCUCACUUCCAAUGCCAUGCUGCCUUUCAACCUCACCUCUAAACGUGAGAAAGCAUCUCUAGGGGUGAACAGGAACCUCUGCUUCUUUUCUGUAUGAAAUCCCGGGCCCCUUUGAUAACCCUGCCAACAAGAGAGCCAACAAACAAUAACAGAGCCUGGGCAGUGGAUUUUGUGGGAGGAAAUCCUCCUAGGAAUGAGAGCCAAUUAAAUUCCCUUAAAGUCACACACACAAACGUGUCCUGAUUAAGCUCAUGUCAUUCUGUGCAAUCAGUAAACAUCGGACAGGACUAGGGCUGGGCGGAAUAUCAAUAUAUCAUCCCAAAUCAGUUUGAAGUCCAUAAUUUUUGACCUGCCAAUAUAUUGCAAAUCAUGAUGUGUGUGCAAAAGUCACUUUGUGGGAAAAACUGUGAAGCCAGUCAAUGCCUCUACAUAGUUCCACCCUUAUUUAGCUCGUGACAUAUCACGAUGUUGAAAACCAGACAUCGCCCAGCCUCAGACAGAACAAUGCUGUAUUAGUAUAACAGACCUCUUGAAGACCCCUGAGUUAUAGAUCAAAUUCUCUCUUUUUUCACAGUAAUUUUUAUUUAGUUUUCCAUAUCCAAUAUCCAAAUUCAUUACACAUGCACAACAUUUUUCUUAACUUUGUAUAUACAUAAAUUUCUUUCAAAAUACAAGAAAAGAAAAAGUAAAAAAAAGCACACCAGAAAGUAGAGAAAAUAAAAUAAAAAUAUAUAAUAAAACAUGACAAAAACAAGCUGGGAAAUAAAAAAAGAGAAAAAUAAAACAUUUCCGUAAAACUGACAUUAAAAUGCAAAUACUGAAAUGUGACUUCCACCCUACCUUCAUCUGCCUUUUGAAAGUCUUACUUUAACGUGCGCAGUUUAACGUUCUUUAUGCAUUAAAUCCUGAGUCCACUUUUUUCCAUAUUUUAACGAUCAUCUAAAUUCCGUUUUCAUACUUAUGUCAUUCCAGCUUGUAUACCAUGUAUGUUUAUCUAACGGUCUUAUUUGGUUAUACAUUGAAUUUGUUAUUCUUCCUAAAUGACCAAUAAAGAAUUUUAAGUUUUAAUUA